AUGUCACCCCCUGAUGGCAACCCCCUGUCCCGCAUCUCCGCCACGCGCCGCUUCGAUCCUUGGAACUCGUCCGCCACUGGCCACCAGCGCGCAGAGACGCAGCCCGGCACCGGAUGGAGGCACUCGCGGACCAGGAAGCUCAACAGCCAGUUCGGCGCCGGCGAUGGUUCCGGCGGCAAGAGGCUGAGCGAUACCUGGGGGGCGGGGGCUGAAGACGCCGGUGAUGGCAGUAAUAACAAAAAGAGCAGCGUCAUGGACAUGCUGACUCGACCCGGCCUGAUGCGCCAGACGCUGGAAUCGAACCAGCCAAAACAGGCAAACGCAAGAGACAGUCGCAAUGGCGAGUUUCCCCAAGGAGAUGCCAGCCUCACAGCAGAAGAGCGCUUAAUGCAGCGGAGACGGCUGGAAGACGAGGAAAAGCAAAGGCAAGCACAGGAAAGCCCCCGCAAGCUGUUUGAUGGAGUCACCGUCUAUGUCAACGGCAGCACCUUUCCCCUGGUAUCGGACCACCGGCUCAAGCAGCUCAUCAGCGAAAACGGCGGCAACAUGUCCCUGAACCUGGGCCGGCGAAAGGUCACCCAUGUCAUCCUGGGGCGACCCAAUGGCUCAACAGAAGGGAAGGGUCUCGGUGGUGGUCUGGCUGCCGGCAAGCUGGAAAAAGAAAUUCGCAAAAUCGGUGGCUGCGGCGUCAAGUUUGUCAGCGUGGAAUGGGUCCUACAGAGCCUCCAGGAGGGAAGGAGACUACCCGAAGCGCGCUUCUCCGAUGUUAAGAUGGCCGCAAAGGCCCAGAAUAGCGUCUAUGGGCUGUACACCAAGCACGAUGCCGGCUCCAGGUCCACGUAG